AUGGGAAGGCUACACGAAGCGUACGGAGGUGCAGCGCAUUAGCGAAAUUACGAGCACCUAAUGAGCAGUGUCUUAAUAUAAUAAUUUAGUUCCAGCGCCUGAGAAUGCAGAGCAGCAACGCAAUGCAAGGGAGCAAUGAGAGGAUGAGGAAGCGUGGGUGGUUCCUGUGGGUGUCGGCGAUCGUGGGCAUCAUCGGAGGGUCGCUCUUCAUCGCCACCCUCAUCCAAAGCUCGGAGAACAGCAGCAGCAACUUCCUAUGCAUGCUGAGGCAGCAACAGGGGGGUGGGAGUGUUAGCCCCACAUCGACCCAGCUGAAAGCGAUACUCCACUACGCCACCUCCCAGGUAGUCCCGCAACAGUCCCUCUCCGAGAUAACUAUCACCUUCGACGUCCUCCAAUCGCUCAAACGCCCUGCUAACUUCCUCGUCUUUGGGCUGGGCCACGACUCCCUCAUGUGGGCCGGCCUCAACCCGCGGGGGAAAACGCUCUUACUCGAGGAGCACCCUAAANGGGUCCAGACCGUGCUCAAGGACGCCCCCGAUCUCCGGGCCCACACCGUCCGCUACCGCACGCAGCUCCGCGAGGCCGACCACCUACUCUCCAGCUACCGCUCCGAGGCCGCCUGCUCGCCGGCCUCCGCCACGCUCCGCGGCAACGAGCGCUGCCGCCUGGCGCUGCACAACCUCCCGGACGAGGUCUACACCACGGAGUGGGACCUCGUCAUGAUCGACGCGCCCAAGGGCUACUUCGCGGAGGCGCCCGGGAGGAUGGCGGCGAUCUUCUCCGCCGCGGUCAUGGCGAGGGACAGGAAGGGAUCCGGUGUGACGCACGUGUUCCUGCACGAUGUGGAUCGGAAGGUGGAGAAGAUUUACGCGGAGGAGUUUCUCUGUCGGAAGAAUUUGGUCAAAGGUGUUGGCAGGCUGUGGCACUUCCAGAUUCCGCCUAUGUCCAAUCAUACUCGCGGCGGCGACGCCACUUUCUGUUAGGGCGCGGCGCUGCGUUGCGUUACGUUGCGUUUUACUUUUUUAUUUUUUAUUUAUUUUUUAAGUAAAAACGGUGCAGUGAAUAGUAGUAGUGAGAUGAGACUUACCUAUUUUCAUAUGAUAAUAAUGAUGCGCUACUUACAGUUUUAAUUACCAUAUUAAUUUAUUAUUAUUUUAUUUUUCUAGUUAGGUUUUGCUUUUGAAUUUGUGGUGUUGUGGUUUAUAAUUGUAAAUUGUGGGUGGAAAGUGUCACAGGUGGAGGGUGGUGACUGGUGAUGAUGGAUGAGCUCUGCCGACACUGCACGAGGAACCAUGGAUUGUUUUUCCUCUGUACACAUUUGACCCAUGGGAAGUGGGAACAGGUUCUUUGUUAUUCUA